CAAUAAUAGCAAAAACAUCUUCUCACUUUCAAAAGUUUUUUCCCUUUUCUGGUAAUAAAAGGAAAAAAAAAAAAAAGAUUUCUCUUCUUUUCUUGUUCUACACACUUCCAGAUUUUUCCCAGCAAAACGUACCAGAAAGAAGAAAGACAAGCCCAGCCUUGAGAAUCAACAAUAUAUAUACACAAAAGGAGAUCUCUGAGAAUUUGAGUAAGAACAAAAGAAGAAGCGAAAAUGUGUUUGGAGAUUGUGUAUCCACGAGAGAAGACGGAGCUUGGUCGGCAACAAGCACCGGGUGUGUGUCCGUACUGCGGCGGAAAAGUAUCGGCGGUAGACGUCGAGACGAAGUGGUUGCUCUGUUUCUUACCACUCUGUUUCAAGGUCAAGCGCAAGUACUCUUGUUCUUCCUGCGAUCGUCGUCUCGUCUUGUAUUAUUGAAGAAACAGAGCAAACGAAGCGAGAAAGAAUUUGGAUGCUGUCUAUUUAUAUUUAUUUGUUUGCUUGUUUUGCUCCUCUCAAUCAAUGUUGAGAUUUUUGCAGAUUUUCCCCUGUAAUUUCUUAUUUGCUUAAAAAACACCCCUCCUGCCUCGUGGUGGUGACAUUUGAUUUAUGUUCAUUGAGUUCUUUUCCUUCCAGUGUAAAUACUUUGUUGAUCUUGUUUUGUUGAUUACAUGAGUGGAAUUCGGUUUUGUUUAAAUAAAGAUUCUCAUUCUUUA